CCUUGAGAGAUAAAAUUGGCAAAUGCUGACUCAUAUAUGAUUGCCAGACUAGAGAACAGAUUGAGUAAUACAGGGAAAAGAAGAUGGAUAGUUGAUGGAGGGAUAGGCCCUGUUAAAGUGAACAAUAUGACGAUGAUUGCACAUGUCAUUACUCUUGGGAAGGACUUCUUGCUAUUUUCAGUGCCUGCACUGUACCAUAGACACCAGGAGCAUGUGGAUAGGUAUACUGGGAUGGUCCAGUGGAAUUUCUCAAGGCAUUGCAAGAUAGUUGACAAGAAUGUGAUAAACAGACUACCUAGAAGCUUUAUCCACGACAAAGAUCACUGA